AUGUAUGUGACUCGGCUUCUGUCUGCAUGCAGGAAGUCAUCAAGCACUCUUGAGGAGUUGCCAAAUGAAGGUCCAUUUUCAGGCUACCUGGUGAUCACGGACGUGGUAGCAGAAGAAGAGAACACGAGUUGCUGGGGAACAUGCGAGAUCAAAUCGGUCAAGAAGUUUCCGUUUCCUCAAGACAGGGUCCUAACCUUCCAGCCAGUUUAUGAAGAUUCCCCAAUCACCAAGCUCUGGUUCAUUCCGGCACUCGAUAGGCCUCUCUCGUCGAACAUCUAUUACGUCAUAAAUGCAGAGGGUAAAUACCGAGGCUUGUUCAUCUGUUACAUUCUGAUACCCACACAAGCCUUGAUUAAUCCAGAGAAAAUAAUGCAUAUGUUCGAGGGACGUGGACAUAGAACCAACUUGUUUCGGCACAUCCAUCAAGGACACCAGACCGAGCCAUUUCGACCCAGAGACACAUACCAAGUGUUCCAGAUUCACCAUCACAACAACAGGGGAUUCUUUGCUGAAUCAGUGGCUCCAGAUGGUUUUCCUCCGAAGCACCUACGGAAGAAAUCGUGGGAAGUUCGCACCUCACAAUCUCUCCAACCUCACUUAGAAGAGGCCUUUGGCCUCGACAUGACUCUGAGAGCCUGCCUCCCCGACUUCACUUUCCCAAUCUCAGGCAAUCAUCCAGCUCCUGCUCCUGUUGUUGUGGGCAAAUGGUAUUGCCCAUGUGUGUUUGUCAGGGACAAAGCUGUUAAGACCCAGCACCAAAUCAAGAAGUCAAUGUUCUACAAGAUGACACUCGAGCAAAAGUGGGAGGAGCUGCACACAUGUGAGAAUAAUGUCAACAAGGGCAAUAAUAAGGCGAGUGUGAAUGUGGCUUUGCCAAAGGAGGAGGCUUCGGUAUUUGGCAUGAGGGCAGCGAAGGUGGAUGAUGAGACUAGCGAUGGCUUUGUGUGGUUCAGGGUCAUGACACAUGACGAGGCAUUGAGAGGGAUCAGAUUGGGGGUGAGUGAGGCCAUUGCUGAGAAGAUGAAGUGGGUGAUGAGGGAAGGAGGUCGGGCUGAUGAUGGUGGUGAAUCGGGAAGAGAAGUGAGAGUGGAGAGAGUGGAAGAGUUCAAAGGUGACGAGGAGUGGAAAAGAUUUGGUUGCUAUAUCUUGGUGGAGAGCUUUGUUCUGACAAGAUUGGAUGGGAGUUUGGUGCUCCAGUGUGAUUUUAGGCACACUCACAGGAUUCAAUGCAAGUGGGAGUGAUUGAUUCAUUGGGUUCUCUGAGGAUAUAGUGUCUCUGUCUUAGACACACGAUGGGUUGCUUUACAAUGACUAAAUUUAUCUUGUCAGGUGUUUUUUCAUGUUGCCUCCUGAACCAUUUUCUUAAGGGAGUGAUGGGUAUUGAAUCAUUCAACUGUUCAUUGAAAAUUCUUCAACUGUUAAUGUUCUUCCGCCAUGAUAAUAGACUUUAACAAUUGAAAUUUCGAGAA